CAUAGGCGCCUUCGCGAGCAGAUAUUUGAAAACACCUUGUUUUGGUCUGCCUGAAAAAUUGAAAUUGAAUCGAAGACCCUCCCAUUUCGGCGCCAGACGCAUUUCCGCUUUCCUCGAUCCGCUACUUAUUGUGCGGAUCUGCCUACUGCGAAGCAGUCAAGGCUUCUGAACGGAACUGAAACGAGAUGCGUAGCCUGGUUGAAGCGAUUCAAGUUUGCCUCCCGCCAUCUUCUGUUUCCCUGGUUGUCGCCAUCAGCCUAUAGUAUGUCUGCGUCUGCAGAGCCUUCAGAAAUGCCUCUGCCGGAGGGUUCACAGAGGCGCCGCAAGAACAACCGCGCAUGCUAUCCUUGUCAGCAAGCUCAGCGGAAAUGUGACAGAGACUGGGAAAUUGAAGGAGGGAGCUGUUUGAAUUGUCUGAAUUGGGGGACUCGUUGCAUCAGGCUGGCGCCUAAACCUCGAACCUCGAAGGAUCGGAUGAACAUGGCCAACACCAUUCCUUAUGCUGCUCAAGCUGAGCCGCAUUUAGAUAAUGUGUCACAGAAUACCGGAUUACGCAAGGGCAUUAACUAUGCGAACCGCCACUUUCCUGGUGUUUUCAACGAACAGCGAUUUGUGCAACGCUCUUGGCUCUCAAGAGAAAUCCCAGGGAGGAUGGCUUUAGGGAGCUUCUGGACCCUACCAAAGAAGCUUAUGGGAAGGAAUCCGAGAUCCCAACUCUAGCCACGGUUAUGGCUGCCACUUUACUGUCGUGGUGGCUGUCUAGAUCGAAGGAUCACUUUCGCUUUGCGAAAGAUCUUCUCCGUCAGUUGUUUACUUAGUUGCGUGCGCAUCGACGAGUUACUAACAGUGACGUGAUAAAUUCGAACCACA